CACGCACAUGCACACACCUAGCUUCAUCUGCUGUUUAGAUUAGGCUUAGCAGAGGUGAUAAUUGAUCACUCCCACCAAUUCCUCUCCCUUGUCUGGUGUCCUCCUUCUCCUCCGCCGAUCUCUUUCUAUUUCAAUGGAGACCGGAGACCAUGGCUCGGUGCCAUGCUCCUAUGCCCAGCUGCUGGACGAUGCGGAGGCCGAUCGCACGCGCCCAGGCCGAACCGGGCCACUGUGCGCCGCUAUUCUCCUGACUUCGGCGGCGGUGCUCCUCGCUGUUGCCGCGCUCGCCGGCGUCAGGCUCGCGGGCCAGCUGUCGGCCGCCGGCGUCAUCAUGUCCGGCCACCCGAGCACGGUCGACGCGGCGCCGAUGAGCGCCAGCAGCCGGGGGCCUGAGUCUGGCGUCUCAGAAAAGACGUCCGGAACCGCCACGCACGGCGGCAUGCUGGGCGCGGAGGCCGGCGGCAACGCGUUCCCGUGGAGCAAUGCCAUGCUCCAGUGGCAGCGCACCGGAUUCCACUUCCAGCCCGAGAAGAACUGGAUGAACGACCCCAACGGUCCGGUGUACUACAAGGGGUGGUACCAUCUCUUCUACCAGUACAACCCGGACGGCGCUAUUUGGGGCAACAAGAUAGCAUGGGGCCACGCCGCGUCCCGCGACCUCCUCCGCUGGCGCCACCUCCCAGUUGCCAUGUCUCCGGACCAAUGGUAUGACAUCAAUGGCGUCUGGUCAGGUUCUGCCACCGUCCUCCCCGACGGCCGCAUCGUCAUGCUCUACACCGGAUCCACCAAUGCCUCCGUCCAGGUCCAGUGCCUCGCCUUUCCGACUGAUCCCUCCGACCCAUUGCUAAUCAACUGGACCAAGUAUGAGAACAACCCAGUGAUGUACCCGCCACCCGGUGUCGGGGAGAAGGACUUCAGGGACCCGACCACUGCAUGGUUUGACGGCUCUGAUGACACAUGGCGGCUCGUCAUUGGAUCCAAGGAUGACCGCCAUGCCGGCAUGGUCAUGACCUACAAGACCAAGGAUUUCAUCGACUAUGAGCUUGUCCCCGGAUUGCUUCACCGGGUGCCGGGGACGGGGAUGUGGGAGUGCAUCGACCUAUACCCGGUCGAAGGCGUGAGGGGCAUUGACAUGACGGACGCGGUGGCGGCAGUGUCCACCAAUGGCGCUGACGAUGUGUUGCACGUGAUGAAGGAGAGCUCUGACGAUGACCGACACGACUACUACGCGUUGGGGAGGUAUAACGCGGCGAAGAACACAUGGACACCGCUGGACGUCGACGCCGAUCUCGGCAUCGGGCUAAGGUACGACUGGGGGAAGUUCUACGCGUCCAAGACGUUCUACGAUCCGGCAAAGAAGCGGCGCGUGCUAUGGGGGUGGGUUGGUGAAACCGACUCCGAGCGCGCCGACGUCGCCAAGGGAUGGGCCUCGCUCCAGUCGACCCCUCGCACGGUGGUGCUGGACACUAAGACGGGAAGCAACCUCCUUCAGUGGCCGGUGGAGGAGGUGGAGACGCUCCGGACCAACUCCACUAACCUUGGCGGCGUCACCAUUGACCACGGCUCCGUCUUUCCACUCAGCCUUCAUCGCGCCACCCAGCUAGACAUCGAGGCCACAUUCCGCCUCGACCCGCUAGACAUUGCCGUCGCCAAUGAGGCUGAUGUGGGCUACAAUUGCAGCACAAGCGGUGGUGCCGCAGGGCGGGGCAUGCUCGGCCCCUUUGGCCUCCUUGUGCUUGCCGACGCCAGGCGCCAUGGAGGUGACGCAGAGCGUACUGCCGUCUACUUCUAUGUGGCCAGGGGCCUCGACGGCGGCUUGCACACACACUUCUGCCAUGAUGAGACACACUCAUCUCGUGCCAACGACAUUGUCAAGAGGGUCGUAGGCCAUACCGUGCCGGUGCUCGAUGGCGAGGAGCUGUCAGUGAGGGUGCUUGUGGAUCAUUCGAUCGUUGAGAGCUUUGCGAUGGGUGGGAGGUUGACGGCAACAUCACGAGUGUACCCAACGGAGGCCAUCUACGCCAACGCCGGGGUGUACCUCUUCAACAAUGCCACCGGCGCCCGGGUCACCACCACCAGGCUCGUCGUCCACGAGAUGGACUCUUCCUACAACCAAGCCUACAUGGCCUCAUUGUAAAAAGAAAAUGGAAAAGAUAUUUUCUUUGUUUAGAAAAAAGUGAUAGAUAGCAUAUUGUACUCAUGUUUUUACACAAAGGAAGAUCUCUCAUUUCUUCGUUGCAUCGCUUC